UGUAGAAAACAUACAUAUACUCUAUAUCAUAACCACUUGAAUAGAUCGAAAUAGUAGAAAUGGCGAACUUUGGCCGUUACAAAGACAGAAAUCCCGAUAUGCGGGCUGCAGGACGGAUGUCUUUUGGCAAUCCUGCAGAAUUAUACGGCACCAAGGAGUGCAUCCAGAUCGUGAACAUGGAGGAGGAGGCGGAGAAUCGUAUUAGGGCACUUUGUCGGCAGCACAAGGCCAAACCGUAUGGCAAACGAACGCCCAAGUUACCCACCAAUAAAAUCGAAAAUAUUUUUGGCAAUCAGGAUAGGGGUCUGUUUGCCGAGUUUCAGGAAAAGUUUCGCGAGAAUAUGUUCUUCAAGAAGCCUGUUCUGGGUGAGGCCAGGGAAUGCAACUCCAAACCGGAUGAUGUGACAAAUUUAAGCCGUACUUUCGGUCGAGUCUCCAAUGCUGAAGAUUCCCUUUACGCUGUUGUAAUGCCCCGCAAAACUGCCGAGCAAGUCAAUCGCGAGUAUGGCGAAUUUCACGACAAACACAUCAUCAGUCACAAUCACUACUUUCCCUCGGAACAGAUCAAUCGUCGAUAUUCACAGCACUUUAAUCGGCUCAAUACAUUUGGUACUCCACUCUUUGUGGAUCAUUCCGGAAUAAAUGUAAAACGCUGCUUGGCGGAGGGCGAGGAGCGUUUGAUAAUUGUGAAAAAGCCGCAAAUGGAUUUAGACGAUCGCACCAAGGGUCCGUUGGGCAAGAAGUACAAAUGGUAUCCGUACCAGAUCCCGGAAAAUAUGACCUUUGGUCGCACAUCACCACGUGAAACGGAUGUGCGAUCGCUGCUGGAAAACACAGCACCUUCAAUUUUAUCCGACAAGUUGGCCCGUGCAAUCAGCCACUUGAAUAUGCUGCGAAAAAUGCUCCAGGAACGGGACGAGUUCAACAUGAACCAGGUGAUUGUGGCGCUGGAGAAGAAGGAUAAGCAGGCCAUUCGCCAGCUUCCAUUGGACGAGAUCAUUCAAGUGAUGCGCAAGUUGAAUAUUCCGGCGGAUGCGGAAAAAAUCCGUACCGCCGUCUCGCACUUUAAGUUGUUUGUGGACGAGGGCUGCUGUUCGGAACGUGUCAAAUACGACGAUUUGUGCCAACUGCUCUCCAUUUUGAAGUCGCUGCCAUUGAUUGGCUCCAUUUCACCCACGCCGCAGACGAUCUACAACCAGGAUACUGCCUAUCGUCAGUUGUGCGCUGAUUUGGCAAAGAAACCCGUCGAAGGUCCAAUCCUCAGACAUCCCCACAAGUCACCAGUCCAGCAGGAUGUGGAUGACACACAUGUCACGGACGUCCUGAAUCCGGAGUUAUCCACUUUAUGCGGCUUGUGGCCAAGUGAUUUCAAAGUGUUGCGUUGCAAGGACGAAAUUGAACGGAUAUUCAAGGGUAUUCUCUCGAAAGAUGAUUUUGAGUCGAUCUGGACGAACCUAAUGGGUGAGCACAAGGAUCAGGAUUCCAUGGCAUCCGUUGCACAAUUUCGUGCUGAAAUGAAGAAGAUCAGUAAUCAGACAGAAUGAUUUCACACUGCCAGGAAUCUUAAGAUACAAAUGAAAUUUUCAAGCGAUUUAUAUAUAUAUAUAUAUUUUUGCACAGUCAAUAAUAAUAAUAAAUAUGCCAUCUGUCAA